AUGUCAACACCACACCACACAGACCACCAUGGCGACGACCUUUCUCACACACUAUCCCUGGGCUCGGCCAGAGGAGAAGUUGAUCCGAGAGACCUACCUUUCCGCACCCUGACGGACAACGCCAAUGUCGAAGAAUAUGUCAACGAAACGCAGGCAGGCGAAAUCAUCAAGCCUGUUCGAUCCGCCAAAGGCAAGAUGGAAGACUGGAAACUUGUCACAUUCAAAAUCGACGACCCGGAAAAUCCAAAGAACUGGCCCAAGUGGAAGAAGUGGUAUGUGACUAUGAUCGUCGCGUUCACAUGCUUCGUCGUCGCCUUCGCCAGUAGUGUUAUCACAGCCGAUAUCGAGGGUCCAAUGGAGGAUCUUGGGGUUAGCCGUGAAGCAAGUCUUGUUGUCGUGACAGUAUUUGUUGUUGGAUUCGGAGUUGGUCCCAUGGCGUUCGCUCCCAUGUCAGAAAUGUUUGGCCGUCGUCCCGUCUACGCGAUUACGCUUCUUCUGGCUUUCAUCUUUGUCAUUCCCUGCGCUGUCGCUCAGAACAUCGGAACGUUGAUCGUCUGCCGAGCAAUCGACGGAAUCGCAUUCAGCGCCCCUAUGACCCUUGUCGGAGGUACACUUGCAGAUAUGUGGAAGAACGAGGAGCGUGGUGUUCCCAUGGCAGCCUUCUCGGCUAGUCCAUUUCUCGGCCCGGCCAUUGGACCGCUUGCGGGUGGCUACCUCGCCGACGCAACCAACUGGAGGUGGCUUUACUGGCUGACCUUGAUCCUUUCGUUCGUGGCCUGGGUCCUAAUUACCUUCACCGUGCCCGAGACCUCCGCCCCACAAAUUCUUAAGAAGCGAGCAAAGAAGCUGAGGAAGACUGAGAAUGACCCCAGAUACGUGACCGAGACCGAGCUUGACGCGAGGCCGAUGGGUGAGCGAAUGCGCGUCUUCCUGCUACGUCCUUUCCAGCUUCUAUUCCUGGAGCCAAUCGUCCUUUUCAUCUCUCUCUACAUGUCCGUUCUUUACGGCCUUCUAUACAUGUUCUUCGUUGCAUACCCGAUCAUCUACCAGGGUGGGAAAGGCUGGAGCGCUGGAUCUACCGGUCUCAUGUUCAUUCCCCUUGCCAUCGGUGUCGUGAUGAGUGCCGCCUGCUCUCCAUUCGUCAACAAACACUACCUCUCCCUGUACACAAAGUACGGCGGCAAACCCCCUGCCGAAGCUCGCCUUAUCCCGAUGAUGCUAUCCUGCUGGUUCAUUCCCAUCGGAUUGUUUAUCUUUGCCUGGACCUCAUAUCCCCAGCUCCACUGGUUCGGCCCUGCUAUCGGCGGUUGGCCAGUUGGAUUCGGCUUUAUCUUUCUUUACAACUCCGCCAACAACUAUCUCGUUGAUACCUACCAACACCAGGCAGCGUCUGCGCUCGCGGCCAAGACUUUCCUCCGUUCUAUGUGGGGUGCCUCCACUGUGCUCUUCACCGAGCAAAUGUAUGAGCGACUCGGCGACCAAUGGGCAAGUUCGCUUCUUGCCUUCAUUGCUCUCGCCUGCUGUGCGAUCCCCUACGUCUUCUACUUCAAGGGUGCCUCGAUCCGCCGCUUCUCCCGGUUUGCAUUUGCCGACGACGAGGAGCAAGCUAACCCGAAGGCCUGA